CCAGUUUCUAGAGCCUCACCGACUCCAUCAACCACAAACUUAACUAAACCUAAGUUUCUAUUUCCGUGUUUAACCUUCUCGAGCCAUGAGCCAUCACGUCUCGUACACGUGGCUCUGAUCGCUCCAUUUUUCUCGCUCUCUUUUUUUUUCUUUUCUGUGUGUGUGCGCGUGAGAACUUAAUUAUAAAAAAAAACCCCAAAAUAUUAGCCCUUCUUUCUCUCUCUUAUCCGCUCCUCUCUCUUGGUCUGUUCUGCCGCCGCCGUCGCCGUUCUCUCCUCCGCCAGAUUCAAUCAUCUCCUCCGCCGUCGACAGUCAUUACCUCUUCCUGUUGUAAGAGUUGAGAAGCUUCAAGAGAAGAAAAUUAAAAAUACUUUGUAUUGUGGGGACUGCUCUACUUAUAGGCACUUGGCAGUGUAACAAGUUAUUAUCUUAAGGAGCUUAAUACACGAAGACUGGGUCUUCGAAUUAAUGUCAGAAGGUGAUAUGGCCAUUAUUAAACCAGAGAUGAUGAAAUCUUAUAUAUGGCUUGAAACUGCUGAUGGAUCAAUACAACAAGUAGAACAAGAGGUUGCAAUGUUCUGUCCCAUGAUAUGUCAAGAGGUGCUCCAGAAGGGUGCUGGAUCUUCGAAGAACUAUGCGAUAUCUCUUCCACAGCGAGUCAAUCCUGCCAUGUUAAGCCUGAUUUUUGAUUACUGCAGAUUUCAUCAAGUACCUGGACGUUCAAAUAAGGAACGUAAAGUUUACGAUGAAAAAUUCAUCCGGAUGGAUACAAAGAGGCUCUGUGAGUUGACCUCAGCCGCUGACAGUUUGCAGUUGAGGCCUUUGGUUGAUCUUACUAGCCGUGCGCUUGCACGGAUUAUUGAGGGGAAAACCCCUGAGGAGAUACGCGAAAUAUUUCAUUUGCCUGACGACCUUACUGAGGCAUGUAGUGCUCAAUAUCAUCUCUUUUAA